AUGGCACAAGGCGUCGUCAAAAGCCGCAAACCCCCGCCCUCCUCACGCAAACCCUCAACCGCCGGUCCCAAAAAAGGCCAACGGGCCAUCGCGCCGAAGAAGAGGAAUCUGGUGACGCAGAAGAAGAUCACCAAGAAGUACACGGCCGGGUUGACGGGGAAGACGGAGCGGGCGUUGGCGGAGAGGGCGGGGCAUUUGGAGAUGUUGGGGGGGGGGAAGAAGAAGAAGAAGGAGAAAAAGGGGGGUGGUGCUGGAGACGGGGAGGGGAGGGAGGGGGGGAAGGGGAAGGGUGGGAAGUAG